AUGAUCCCGCAACUUAGCAACAUGAACCACACCGAGGAGGAACAAGACGAUACCUGGGUCCUCGUUGGAGAAGGAGUGUACUUCGGAAAGAGGAGGCCACAAUUUGAGGAAUGCAACAUCUCGCCGACCCAAGAUUCUGCUGGAAUCAUUGAUAAUGAAGCCCUGUCCUGCAAGCCGACACACACCAACUGCUGUGCCCCCACUGUCGACGGCGUGUUACACAGCGUUAAGGCUACGGAUCCGAACCCCACUCCCGACCCAAAGGUGGAGUUUGCCGAAUCGACGGCGACCGGUCUGACAUUCAGCGCUCCUGAGGACGUCAGCAGCGACCCGCAACCACGCACACCCGCCGAGGACAACAAUCAGCUCCAACCACUCACCCGGGCCAAUCUUGGGCCAAACAGCACGCCGGGGCUGAUCAGAGACAUCCCGGCAUGGAUCAACGGCGAACUGAGCUGGCUGCGCGUCGCCGCCGCCGGCGACCAGGCCAGCGUAAUGGCCUUUGGGAGGGGUACGACCUGCCACAGCAGCGACGGCAGCCUCGACUUCGUCUUCAUCCCGGCGCAGCCUUCGAGCUUCGGGCGUGAUGCGCUGGCGAUAGGGACGGUGUUUGAUCAUCUGCCCCACACGCAGAGUUACAGCCUCGAGGUGGAGCUCGACGAUGCCUGA